AUAAUUGUUUUAAAAGCCGAGAGUCGUGUCUCUUACCUGAGACCGAUGAUUGGCUUAUUGGCUAAAUUGCUUGCUUAUUAAUUACUAGCUGAGUACCCGACCACUCCUUCAUGUACGGGUACGGGGUUGUCAAAUAAGUAUAAAAUACUUAUUAAAGUUAUACUCGAUCUUUGCUUUUGCAAUGUGAGAAGACACAGUUUGCGAAAAUUUGCUUCCUCGAAUUUCGGUUUCACAAUGGGCAGAGAUACAUCAGAGUCCGACAGUGACCUCAGUGUAUGUCAUACAACUUCUGAUUUUGAAGACCAUCUUCAGAGAAGGAAACAAAUCUUAGAAAGAUUUAAGCAUAAAUGUUUUUAUGAGGGCUGCAAGAGGACAUUUUACCGACCUUCAAAAUUAAAAGCUCACUUGUGUGUUCACGAAGGAAAGAGUCCGUUUGUAUGCAGUUUUGAUGGUUGUGAUAAACGCUACACUAACUCUUCUCAUUUGAAGAGGCACAUAAAGGUUACUCAUGAAAAGCACCAAAAUGAUCAACUGUUUGUCUGUCCAGAGAAAGGUUGUGAAGUGGUGUUGAAGACAAGGCAGUGCCUAAAGAAACACAUCAAGCGUAGGCAUACAGAUUUUCCUUACCAAUGCACAGAGUGUGAUGCUAAAUUCAAAAGGAACCAUAAUUUGAAAGAGCAUUCGUUCGUCCACACGGGCGUGUACCCUUAUGUUUGCGAGGAGUGUAAAAAAGGCUUUGAAAAGAGCUAUCACUUAAAAAGGCACCAGAGAAGUCACAGAACUUAUACUUGUAGAUUGCAAAACUGUUCAACCACAUUUCCUUCGAUGUCCUUGUACAGAAAACACAUGGCUACAGAGCAUAAAUCAGAUUACUCUUGUGCUGUAUGUAAUAAAAAAUUUAAAACGUUAAGCAACUGUAAGCUCCAUUACAUUACUCACAUGGAAUCAGAAUCUCUGAAUUGUCCUCAUGAAAACUGUGAGUCUGUCUUCAGUCAGGAGAGAUACUUGAAACAACAUUUGAAAACUGUUCACGAGGAGUCUCACGAGUAUAAAUGCUCCGUCGAGGGCUGUGAGAAAGUCUUCAAGUGGAAGCGCUCACUAUUUCAUCAUGUCAAGCUGCACAGUAUAAAAAAAGCAAAGAAAGCAAGGAAGGUACAAAGAGAGAGAAAGGACAAAGGCCAACCAAGGAAGUGCAUGGCAGCGGAGCUAGCAGAUAUAACACUGCCAGAUGAUAUGCACAAAGAAAUAAUAUUGGGAGGAAAAGAUGCAGUUGCUGAAAGUGAUCAGGAAGUAAUCUUAGAAAAUAUGUUAGUCAGUGACAGCGAUGAAUUGGACGUCGUUGAAGAUAAUUGUCAGAAAAAUAAACAAAUCUCACCAUCUCUUAAGGACAAAACUCUCUAUCUAGUAGAGAAUGUUAGUAUUGAUGUAAUAUCUGAUUGUGAUAGUGAUUUGUUCAAUAAGAAUGGUUUUGUUCCUCUUGAAAGCAAAACAGAAGAAUGUAUUGUAUUAAAAAAUAACUCUGAUUACCCUGUAGGCGAUGUUAGUAUUCAAACAAACUCUGAUUGUAAUAUGGAAGUAACCAUUGACAGUGGUGUUAGCAAAAAUGUUACAAAGUAAAAUUCAUUUAAUGAAUUUUGUUUACAAGAUAGCUUUAAAUAACAGUUUUAUUCAGAUGUAUACAUUUUAUAAAUGUUAUUUUAAA